AAUUAAACAUUUUGAUUAAGAACUCUAACAUCAAAAUAGAAUCAUCACCGUCAUCUUCAUUUUUAAGUGUAACAACAAAAAUAUAAAAUCAAUGUUGAAAAAACCUCAACGGAUGCUAAAUUAAACCCUUCUUCACACUUCACCUUCUCAAAACGUCGUCGUUUCACAAAAUCCCAAAUUAUCGAAAGCAUUUUUCUUCAAUGUCAGCCACCGGUGGCGCUGCCAUCGCCGGCGGAAGCCGCAAUCGUAAUAGACAUCUCGGCGAGAAUCGUUUCUAUAGUCCACCACCGCUUCGUAAACACAGAGAAAAACAAGAACAACAAAGGUCUUCGCUUUCUAGAACCUCAUCGGAAAAUAGACCCGGUUCUUCUUCCGAUUGCUCGAUUUCUUCACGUGCUACAUCUGAUAUUUCAAAUUUGGAUCGGUUUUUGGAGUAUAUUACGCCCCAUGUUCCUGCACAAUAUCUUCCUAAGACAAGUUCAAGGAGAUGGAAAACCAAGGAAGCUGAAUUAGUACCGUACUAUGUACUUGGAGAUUUGUGGGAAUCUUUUAAGGAAUGGAGUGCAUAUGGGGCGGGUGUUCCUUUGGUGAUGAAUGGCAAUGAAUCUGUGACACAGUAUUAUAAUGUUUCUUUGUCUGCCAUUCAGCUUUAUAUUGAUCCCACGAAACCUUCCACGCGGUUAAGGAAAUCUAGUCAAGAAAGUGACUCCGAGUCAACCAGAGAGACAAGCAGCGAUAGCAGCAGUGGCUAUUGUAAUGAAAGAGGACCAAAAACUAAUCACGGCAGUGGGAAUCAUCUUAAUGCAUUGGAUGCAUGCAAUCAUGCUGUGGAAAGGGUCUCAUUAAGUAAACCUUCAACGGGUUCACCGAGUGAAGAGACUGAGAGCUCCAACCCUCCUGGUCAGCUGAUAUUUCAAUACUUUGAGCAUGAGACACCUUAUAAUCGUGAACCAUUAGCAGAUAAGAUUUCUAGUCUUGCAAGUCAAUUUCCAGAGUUGAAGACUUACUGGAGUUGUGAUCUUUCACCUGCAAGUUGGGUUUCGCUGGCUUGGUAUCCAAUAUAUAGAAUACCUACCGGUCCAACACUGCAGAGUUUGAGUGCCUGCUUCCUGACUUUCCAUUCCCUGUCAACAGCUUUACAAAGUUCAAAUACUGACCCACUUAAUAUUCAUUAUUCAAGAGGUAGGGACAUAUCAUCCAAGCUAUCGUUACCAAUCUUUGGGCUUGCCCAUCACAAGUUCAAAAUUUCUAUCUGGGAUCCAGAUGGAGUUUCUGAAUCUCAGAAAGCCAAUUCUCUAGCACGAGCUGCUGAAAAUUGGCUUAGGCUAUUGCAAGUAAAUCAUCCUGAUUACAAUUUCUUUACGACCCAUCCUAUAUAUUCGAGAUAGCAGAGCUUUCCCUCAACAGAAGCAGCCCAAUUCUCAAACUGCGGCAUGUAUUCCUUCCCGGUAUCACUUCUGUUGUUCAUUAAGUGAACUGUUAUUUUUCCAUGUCUUCAAUUAUAAACACCACGAUCGCUUGUGUCUUCGUAAUAUAAGCAAGCGGGGUUGCUUAACUAGGGGAUUCCGGGGAGAAGGAAAGUUAUUGAAAAUUACAAACAUUUAAUAUUUAUAUUGACCCGCUUCUGAUAUCACAGAAUGCAAAAGCCCUUGACCAAGAUUUUCUGCUUCUUUUAUGUCACUUACCCGAGGAUGAUGUCGAAAAUAUCCAACUGAUACAUAUUUCACCUGAUACUGCUUGUCUAGUACAGUAGCUACUUUAUACCUGAUACACACCCUUUUGGUGAGAUGAGAUGUAAUUGUCUUAAAAGAUUUACUACCCACUUACUUAACUGAUUUGGAAAUGUUUGCCAUUAUUAUAACAUAAGCCAACAUUUUUUUUUAUGGAAUCUUGACUUUGUGAUU